AUGGACGGCCAAUUUCAUCCCAAGUCAGAGCCGCCCGCAACGCAGAAUGACGAUACCGCCAGUCCGUCUCACAAGCGCGUGAGCUCUGAUGACACCGAGCGACCACCGUCGGCCCAGCAAGUGCGCAAGGACUCUGACCAGAACGCUGAAGAGGAUUAUGAUGAGAUGGAAGAGGACGACGUUGACAGCAAUCCUGCGCAGAAGAUCGAGGACUUCGACUGGAACGAGCUUCAUGGCCGAUACCACGAGGCCAUGAACAAGUGUCGCACACAGGAGGGUGAGCUAGCCGAAGAGUGGGAGAGUCUCAUGAAUGUAUUGCUUCAUUUUGCAUGCUCAUUUCACGAUGCUGAUGAAGGCGUAGUACUUCCGCAUCUGGGCAGAAUCUGGUCACGAGCAUGA